CGCGUUGCUGCUUGGCGUUAUUGGAGUGCUCGCCACAGCACGACCUUCUGUUUUGUAUCCUUUACCACUAGACAUCUGUUUCGUAUUUAUCGCUCUGCUUGCUGUCCGUAAUGUCUAUGGUACCCAUGAAAAAACUGUCUAUGCGAAUCAUCGCGCUGCCGUUGACCACUACAGUUCACAACACGAAACUCACUUCGCACGCACCAUCGCCUCUCGUCUACUACCAUUUCCAAACUCCACCUCCACCAGAAGGUCAGCAGCAAAGCUGGCCAAAAUGGGCACAGUUGAAAGCGUCGGGGAUCUGGGCAGGCUUUGGAAAGGCGCCGCCGACGAACUGGAAGUUCAAGGUUUUCACUUACGGAGAACGAAUAAUGGACCGUGUAGAGUUUGAGGAAUUGGCUUUGAACGGUCUCGAUCCCUCUCUCGGUCCAAGUCUCUCGAAACUAGCAGGAGCACCUGGGAAAGAACAGAAGAAAAUCACAAUACCACUUAUACACCCAAAAUCCACCGGCUCGGCAACCAUUAAAGAACUAGAAGCAUUGGUUGCACGACGGUCACCAAAGCACCUCAGAGGAGCUUGGACAUGGGCCAUCAUUGCGCCCUUCACUGCUCCGUUCAUGAUCGUUCCUAUCAUACCAAAUCUUCCGUUCUUCUUUUGUGUCUGGCGUGCGUGGUCUCACUACAAAGCAUAUCGGGCGUCUGAAUACCUCCAUACUCUCAUGAAGGCAGGCUACAUCGUGCCUGAGCCUUCACGCCAUCUAGACGAGAUAUACGUUGCGCACGCUCCGCCACUACCGCCUGCUGCCUCACGCACCGAAGCACUGAACAAAGCAACAAAACCGGAUGCUUCUAAAGGCGACGAACUUCCUCACGAGCCACAAGUCCUGCUCACUCGAAAGGCCGUCCCACCAAUUUUGUCGUUGUUCGACCUCCCGCUAUCCUCUUCUCGAGAUAUCUACAGGGCAAUAGAGCAGGCAAAGCUAAGGAUCGAACGAGGGCAAUAUAAAUGAGGUCCGUUGAGUACUGGCGUCGCCUGCUGUGGCUCAUGGAGAAGAUCGGCAUGCCUAUUGUAAUUCCGCCGCUAAUACACGC